AUGCGUUAUCGAGACUCGAAUGAGAUACAGAGGCAUUCGGUGGCCCACCAUGAUGAUAUAUUGCAUGUAGUUGCCACCGUGGCCCAUUCGAUAGGACACAAUAUCGGAAUGCUGCACGAUGAUGGUCGAGGUUGUGCAUGUCCACAAGCGUCCUGUCUCAUGAUCGAGAGAAAAAGUGCACCGUGGCCAAUCAGCUUCAGUAGCUGCAGCAAAAGCGAUUUUGAGAGCAUGCUGCUCCAUGACCGUGGAGUAUGCCUGAUGUCUCGGCCAGACUUUACAAAGCUGCUGGUGAAGCAUCAGUGUGGAAACAAUUAUAGAGAGAAUGACGAGCAGUGUGACUGUGGCAAACCUGAGGUUUGUAACUAUUUUGAUCACUGUCACUGUGAAAUGGGCUGGGCUCCUCCAUUCUGUGAUGUUGAAGGGGUUGCUGGCAGUUUUGAGAGUGGACCAUUGGUUGAAAUCCCAGAUACAACAAUUAUCACUACUACCUUACUCACAACGGAACCUCCAACAACUACUGAAGAGACAACAGUUGCCACAACACCCACUACUACAAUUCCCACAACAGAGGCUCCGACAACUACUGAAGAGACAACAGUUGCCACAACACCCACUACUACAAUUCCCACAACAGAGGCUCCGACAACAACUGAAGAGACAACAGUUGCCACAACACCCACUACUACAAUUCCCACAACAGAGACUCCGACAACUACUGAAGAGACAACAGUUGCCACAACACCCACUACUACAAUUCCCACAACAGAGGCUCCGACAACUACUGAAGAGACAACAGUUGCCACAACACCCACUACUACAAUUCCCACAACAGAGGCUCUGACAACUACUGAAGAGACAACAGUUGCCACAACACCCACUACUACAAUUCCCACAACAGAGGCUCCGACAACUACUGAAGAGACAACAGUUGCCACAACACCCACUACUACAAUUCCCACAACAGAGGCUCCGACAACUACUGAAGAGACAACAGUUGCCACAACACCCACUACUACAAUUCCCACAACAGAGGCUCCGACAACUACUGAAGAGACAACAGUUGCCACAACACACACGGCUACAAUUCCCACAAUAGAGGCUCCAACAACUACUGAAGAGAUAACAGUUGCCACAACACACACGGCUACAAUUCCCACAAUAGAGGCUCCGACAGCUACUGAAGAGAUAACAGUUGCCACAACACACACGGCUACAAUUCCCACAAUAGAGGCUCCGACAACUACUGAAGAGAUAACAGUUGCCACAACACACACGGCUACAAUUCCCACAAUAGAGGCUCCGACAACUACUGAAGAGAUAACAGCAGUUGCCACAACACACACGGCUACAAUUCCCACAACAGAGGCUCCGACAACUACUGAAGAGAUAACAGUUGCCACAACACACACGGCUACAAUUCCCACAAUAGAGGCUCCGACAACUACUGAAGAGAUAACAGUUGCCACAACACACACGGCUACAAUUCCCACAAUAGAGGCUCCGACAACUACUGAAGAGAUAACAGUUGCCACAACACACACGGCUACAAUUCCCACAACAGAGGCUCCGACAACUACUGAAGAGAUAACAGUUGCCACAACACACACGGCUACAAUUCCCACAAUAGAGGCUCCGACAACUACUGAAGAGAUAACAGGUCAGUAA